AUGGACGCGUCGCCAGCGCAUCGGACGGGCAAGCGCAAGGAGGCGCCCGUCGCGGCACGGAGCGUCGAUGAUGUCGGGAAACGCACGCGCGUAGAAGAGACAGAUGCUCUCGAGGUGCCGUCGGACGACGAGGGGCGCUUGGAUGGCAGUGGCCUGAAUGCCGAGCAGCAGCAGAUUCUCGACAUCCUGGGCCACGAUCCGGCCGACGCCGUGCCAGACCACCCACGCGAUCAGGUGGCGCAUGCGCGCAAGUUGUUUGUGGCUCUGGAGCGCGCGAUGAACGCGAAUCAGGCCAUGCGACUGAAGCAUGCCGAUGAGCCCCGGGCGUUUCUGCCAUCGGAGGCGGAUCUCGAUGCGGCGAUCCGUGACGUGGCCUUUCUCGCCACCGAUGCCCGCUUGCUGUACCCGGAAUUUGUGCGGCAUGACAUGGCCGCGACGAUGGCCACACUACUGACGCACGACAAUCCUGACAUCGCCGCGGCGGCCAUCGACGUCAUCGCCGAGCUCGUAGACGACGACGAUGGCGACGCACUGCGCGAUGCGUUGCACGCGCACGACGUGCCUCGCAUUCUCCUCUCGAAUCUACAGCGCCUGAACGACGCGCCUGAUUCAGACCGCUACGAAGACGACGCGCGCGUCGUGUACGCUAUCCUGAGCGCGCUCGAGAGUUUCGGGCGGUACGAUACGUAUGCCGAUCCGCUCGUGGCAUGGCUCGUGUCUCGCAUCGUGCGCGGCCGCAUGGAUCAGAACCAGGCCUACGCCGCCGAGCUCCUCGCCGCGUCCGUCGCAGAGAACGAGGCGGUUCGCGAGGCGCUAGCCCGCCACGAUGGCAUGGAUGCGCUCUUGCGCGCCUUGUCGCGGUACCUGCACACGUCCCCUCGAGACACGGACGAGCACGAGUUUUUUCGCAAUGUGGUCGACACGCUGCAGUACAUGCUGCUGGACGCGGCGCAGCGCGAUGUGUUUCUCGCGUGCGAAGGCGUCGAGCUCAUGCUCCGCCUGCUCAAGCAGAGCCGACGCGUCCGGCGCGGUGCGCUCGCCGUCCUGCUCGCCGCGGCGCAGUACGCGGCGGGGGCGGCUACGUGUGUACGCAUCGUCGAGGCUGGUGGUCUUCGCGCGCUCGGCGCGCUCCUUGACCGCCCCGAUGACGUGCUCCUGCACCUCUUGCAUGCUAUGCUGUACAAUUUGGCGUCCGACUCCGCGCCGCGCCUGCGGCUCCUGAGCAAGUUUCUCGAUCCCCGCAAAGUCGAGGCAGUGGUCGAGGCGCGCGAGACUGGUGCGUCGGUGGACGGACGCGUCUCCGCGAAUGCCGUGCUGGCAUGGCUGGCGAUGGAGGACGAUACGCUGCAGGCGCUGGUGACGACGCGCGUGCCGGCGGCCGAGCUCGCAGAGGCGCUCGAGGGAGCGGAGUUCGACCCGCGGUGCGUGGCGGCCAGCGGCGAUACGCUCGAGGCCAUUACUCACGCGCUGACCGCGUACCUGCGUUCGCUGUGA